UACGAACCGUACCCCAAUAAAUGUAGGCGAGAGGGUUCAGACGCAACGGUUUCAUAUUUUGAUGAAGAGGAAAAUCUGCGAUUGUUUUUGAACCUCGGGACUGGCCACCGGGAAAAAAAAUCGUUUUAUUUGCCAUGUCGAGAGGUUUUCCGCCCAUUUGCUCGCAAUAGCAUCUUCCUAGAUUCAUCGACAAUGCAGGCCAACUCCAUGCUAAAGGCGUCGAUUUGAUUGCCUGUGUUUUUGUCAAUGAUGCCUUUGUACUUAAAGUGUGGUCGGAGUCUGUCGGGGGUGGCGGAGAUAAAUUGCUUGUGCUUUCCGAUGAAAAGCGGCAUUUCACGGAUUCCAUGCUAGUGGUCGUCGGUUUAAGCAAUAAGCCUGUUAGUUUGGAACGCAGUCGCGUAGCUUUUCGCUGCUUGCGGAGGACGACAUUGCGAAAGUUCUUCAUUUGGAGGAAGGUGGUUCCUAUACUAUCAGCGGCACAGAUGAUAUACUUAAAACCUUCUGAAAUGAUUCUGAUAAUUGUUGAGCUACUGCUGUGAUAAGUUAGGGUUUGAAGGAUUUGAGAUAUCCAAGGUUAGAGUUUUCAAAUCGCAAGGAGCAAGGCUAGGUUUUUAUGGGUUUAUGAUCACAAAACCCAACCAUUAGCGUAAUGCUUUGAAGGGUUUUUCAUUUCAAGGCCAACGAUUGGCAUUAUUGUUUUAAUUAGAAGCUCAAAGACGCCAGUUUUAAGGCUUUACUGGUUUAAACAAAAUCCUUUGGGUUUCAAGGGUGACCGGGGUUGCUCGAGGAAUUACCCUGGUGAGAAACAUGUCAGGAACUCAUGCUAUGGAGUUGCUGCGGUCCUAUUUAUCAAGAGUUAGGAUUCCAGAAGCUUCUAAUCGCAUAUACAAGGAAGAAUGUUGUGUAUCUUUUGACACUCCGAAGUCAGAGGGAGGACUUUUUGUUGACCUCAGUUCAUUUCUUGCAUUUGGGAAGGAGGCAGUAUAUUGGAAUUAUAGGAAGACUGGAAAUCCAGUUUACUUGCAUAUCAAGACAAGAAAAAAACCUGUUAGUGAAGAUAGACCCCACAAGAAGCCUACACUACUGGCAAUAGGUCUAGAAGGUGGCUUUGAAAAUCGAGAGCCAGAAAAUGAGGAAUUUUACAAUAUAGUAAUAUUGCCGGAUUUUGUGAUGCUUCCAUUUCCAUCGGUUGAACUGCCAGAGAAGGUUAGGCUGUCAGUUGAUGGUGUAUUGGCAGCUACUGGGGCAGAGCGCAAGGAACAGGUGGCAGCUUGGACGGCUGAUAAAAAGCUAGUUAGUGGUUAUGCUGUGAAUCUGCAGCAGAUUGAUAAUGGUGUUGUAAUACCUCCUUCUGGAUGGAAAUGUGCAAAAUGUGACAAAGUUGACAACUUGUGGCUGAAUCUUACUGAUGGAAUGAUUCUUUGUGGGAGACGGAAUUGGGAUGGAACUGGAGGCAAUGAUCAUGCUGUUCAGCAUUAUAAUGAAACAAAAUACCCUUUAGCAGUAAAGCUUGGUACAAUCACAGCUGAUUUGGAAGCUGCAGAUGUUUACUCUUACCCUGAGGACGAAGCAGUUGAGGAUCCUUUUUUAGCUCAACAUUUAUCAUUCUUUGGUAUUGAUUUCUCAUCCUUGAAAAAGACGGAGUUAACUACUGCUGAAAGAGAGCUUGAUCAGAAUACAAAUUUUGAUUGGAACCGCAUUCAAGAAAGUGGCAAGGAAUCAGAGGCUCUAUUUGGGCCUGGAUACACAGGACUUAUCAAUCUUGGGAACAGCUGCUACUUGGCAUCUAUCAUGCAAACAGUAUUUUCUACAAGGGAUUUUGUCUCACGUUAUUUUCGAGAUCAAAAUUUGAGUGAAGCAUUUGAAAGGGCUCCUGCAGAUCCAACUGUGGAAUUGAACAUGCAGCUCGUAAAGCUUGGGCAUGGGAUGUUGUCUGGAAAGUACUCCUCUCCAGUACAAGAGGAUAAUGACGUAGAAAUUUCUGAGAAGAUGACUUCAAAAACAAGGCAAGAAGGCAUACCGCCACGCAUGUUUAAGACACUAAUAGGUACUGGACACCCAGAGUUUUCAAGCACCAGGCAACAGGAUGCUAUGGAGUUCUUUCUACAUCUGCUUGACAAAGUUGAACGAAAUAGUGCAGGAAAUCCUCAACUGGAUCCAUCUCGAUGUUUUAAGUUUUUUGUUGAGGACCGAAUUCUUUGUGCAUCUGGGAAAGUUUCAUAUAAUAGAAGAGUUGACAAUGUUCUCUCUCUGAACAUCCCAUUAGAUGCGGCAACUAAUAAGGAAGAGGUAGUGGCAUUCCAGAAGAAGAAAGCUGAAAGGGAGUUAGCUGGAGAAAAAUUAAAAGAUGAAGACAUUGUUCGCCCAAGGGUACCUCUGUCAGCAUGCCUAGAGAGUUUUGCAGCACCUGAGGAGAUCCAUGGAUUUUAUAGCACUGCAAUGAAGUCUAAGAUAACAGCAAUUAAAACUGCUAGAUUUGGAACCUUUCCUGAUUACUUGGUUCUACAUAUGCGCAAGUUUGUCAUGGAGGCUGGUUGGGUGCCUAAGAAACUUGAUGUCUUUAUUGAUGUCCCUGACACAAUAGACAUUAAUCAUUCGCGUAGCAAAGGUCUACAGCCUGGAGAAGAGUUGUUACCAGAAAAUGAUGACAGUCAGGAUUCAGGUCAGAGAGGGCCUUCACCUGAUGAAGCUAUUGUAACACAGCUUGCAAGCAUGGGCUUCCCUCGUCUUCAUUGUGAGAAAGCAGCUAUCAACACCUCAAAUACAGGAGUGGAGGAAGCAAUGAACUGGUUGCUAUCCCACAUGGAAGAUCCAGAUAUUGAUGCCCCUAUCUCUGCUGGGUUGCAAAACACUCCAGAACCUGUUAAUGAAGAAAGUCUAAAAACACUUGUUUCAUUUGGAUUCGAUGUGGAUAUUGCUCGAAAAGCAUUGAGAGCCUCGGGUGGUGAUAUUGAGAGAGCAACUGAAUGGAUAUUUACACAGCCAGCAGGUACAACUGAAAUGGACGUUAGCUCAAGUGGUGCUGCUUCGUCAUCUGAGCAGGCAUUACCUGAUGGAGAAGGAAAAUACAGGCUUAUGGGAUUUGUAAGCCACAUUGGCACUUCUACUCAAUGUGGACACUAUGUAGCUCACAUAUUUAAAGAGGGAAGGUGGGUCAUUUUCAAUGAUUGUAAAGUUGCAGUUUCCACUGACCCCCCAAAGGAUAUGGGAUAUCUCUACUUCUUCGAGCGAACCAAUUGAACAUGUGGAACAUCUGAGGUUGAGAAUGAUUUUACAGCUAACAAUUUUGAGGGAUUAUCUUACAAAGGAUUUGAGAGCAGUCACAGUAUAGCCUAUACAUUGUGGAUAAAAAAUUGUUUGGAUUCUUUGUAACAACCAUAUGUCUGAUAUUGGAGGCCACUUUUGUGACGCUGAAUUGGCAAUCCGAGUCUCGAAUGUCAGAUAAUUGAUAAUUAGAAAAAAAAUUGACAGUAGACGAGACCACAUUUAUUAAAUUUCUUUUUUUUUUUUCCAAAUGAGGAGAUAACUAUGCAGCCAAAUUAUCAGGUCAAAAAUUAUUUAAUUCCAGAAAUGAGAACUGAAAGUCACUGAAUUAAUUUCAACAAUAAUAUGAUUAGAAUAUGACAUGUUAUGCUGGGAA